AUACCAUCAACCAUGUGCGGGUGUAAUAUUGCAGGCUAGGAUGGAGGAGCUGGAGGCCAACCAGGCGGCCCAGGACUUGGCCCACAAGGCGCAGCUGGCGGCGGUGGAGGCGGCCCACCAGGCGCACCUGGCGGCACUGACGGAGCACCACCAGCGUCAGAUGGCGGACCUGGCGAGCUUCCUCCGGACCCAGCACCAGCAGGAUCUUCCUCCCUCGCUCUUUGCUCCACCACCAGUCCCAGUGCCUGCUCCUGUUCAGCGUCCGGCUCCGUCGGCGGGUUCGAACCCGACUCCCAGCCCUCCACUGGGUGCCAGCCCUACACAGCAAGGCUGGCCAGGGUACCCGACCUACCCGACCUACCCCACGCAGCCGUUCACGUGGGGGCCUCCUCCUCCACAGUCGCAGGGCUACUCCUCGUGGCCGGGGGCGCAGACGCAGCAGGGGCCUAGCGCAGGACUAUGGCGCUACGACGCCGCGCCGUCAGGGUGGACUCAGGCACCACCACAGGCAGGGUGGGGUUCGUGGGGCGAUGGGACCCCUGGGGACGGCGCCACGAGCUAGGAGGACCUGUGGGGGGUACUCGGUGACGAGCAAAGUACCUUUGCCUCCAUCUUCUCGACUAGGACGCAUGUUAGACCCUUUUGCCCUCAUGUUGGACUUGUAGGACUUUUUGGACAUGUAUGUUGGACAUGUGUGCACUUGUUACGCGACGUUAUGUGUAUUUCGGACAUGUAUCGAUGGAUUUGAUGAUGUUCAUGUGUGGAUUCAUGUUGAGAUCGAAUCCGAUGAUGAAAUGCGGUUUAUAUGCUAUAUUGUUAUUAUAAACGUGAUCUGUGGUAUAUAUAUAUGCUAUAAAUGUGA